AUGAAAGGCUCUUGCGUUGUUGUAAAUUUAUUAAUUCAAUUGAUCAUCGCUGUUAUUGCUGUAGAAUGUUACAGUCACGAUUAUUGGAGCAAACGUGCCGCACUUAUAAUUGAAGAAGAACGAAUUUCGCUAGGUGGUGAUUUAUCACUUGAUCCGAAAGAACGGUUGGUGAAUGACUUGUUAUUAACAUUUAAGAGGAAAGAAAUCGAUGAUGGAUUCAGAGGCAAAGCGAAAUUUUUACCCGCUAAAAAUUUUAUUGAAGUACGAAAUGACAUAAAAGAAUCAAAAUUAUUCAAUAUCAUAAAAAUGAUGCCCAAAGGUGCCGUCCUUCAUGCCCACGAUACAGCUAUAGUUUCAGAAGAAUGGUUAUACAACAAUGUAACAUUCCGGGAUAAUUUAUAUAUAUGUGAUAAAGCUGAAAAUUUACAGCUAAGAUUCUUUGACUCGCCUACAGACGAUUGUGACUGGCAAUUACUGAAAGAACUUCGUAAAAAUGAGACUUUUGCGGCGGAAAUAAAUUCACGAAUUCGCAAAGAAUUUUCCAUGAUGACUGACAAUCCUGAUAGGAUGUACCCUGACGUGAAUUCUGCAUGGAAAAAGUUUAUGAGUAUAUUCAUUUUAAUUACGCCAAUGUUAACAUACCGACCGGUUUAUGAAGAUCAUUUUUAUCAAGGUCUUAAAGAACUGUAUAAAGACAAUGUAUUGUAUUUAGAAUUGCGUUCAACUUUACCGCCACUUUAUGAAUUAAAUGGAACUCAAUACAGUCCUAUUGAUGUGGUUGGAAUUUACAAAAAAGUUACUGAGAGAUUCAUCAAAGAUCAUCCAGAUUUUAUUGGAGUGAAAAUAAUAUUUGCACCUUUGAGAAUAAUGUCAACGUCACAAUUAGACGAAUAUAUCGACACAACACUGGAAAUAAAAAGAAAAUUUCCAGAUUUCUUUGCCGGAUUUGAUCUUGUUGGUCAAGAAGAUACAGGAAAUUCGUUAGAAUUGUAUGCAGAAAAGCUUCAGCGUAUGACGAAUGAAGUAGGUUUCUUUUUCCACGCCGGAGAAACUAAUUGGUACGGCUCAAAAACUGAUAGAAAUUUAUUGGAUGCCGUUCUGUUAAACACGACACGAAUUGGACAUGGCUACGCUAUUGUGAAGCACCCGGAAGUUCUGAAAAUAGUGAAAGAAAGAAAAAUUGCCAUCGAAAUCUGUCCCAUUUCAAAUCAAGUAUUAGGGCUGGUUAAGGAUCUGCGCAAUCAUCCGGCAAAUAUCCUUUUUGCUGGAGGGUUCCCUGUUGUCGUUUCUAAUGAUGAUCCUGGCUUAUGGGGAUCAAAAGCGCUUAGUUAUGAUUUUUAUGAAGCGUUUGUUGGAAUGAUGUCCAGAGAUGCUGACAUCAGGGCGUUGAAACAGCUAGCUAUUAAUUCUAUUAUUUAUAGCAGUAUGAGCGACAAUGAGAAGCAAAAUGCUUACGAUGUUUGGACACGAAAAUGGUAUCAAUUUCUUAGUAAAAUAAAUUAUUAA